GUCCAAUGAGCAGCAGACCGGCGGACCACCACAACAUGGAGCGAGACGACAGGACGGAAAUUAACCCAGCAGAUUAUUUCAACCCUGAUUUACCAUGCCCCGAGCCAGCUCUCUUCAGGAAACUCUGGUUCCCAACAGUGUUGGGUGCCGGAGGCGUGGGUGCUGCUUGCUUUUCGAAUGCAAUGAACAGGAAGCCACUGUUUAGUGGUCUACAAAUACAUGUACUUCUGGCUAGUGCUGGGGUGAUUGCCGGCAUUAUUGGAGGGAGAUGGUUGCAGAACAGGGCGGCCGAGAGGGAUCACAUAUUGUACCACUAUAUUCUUGCCCAUCCAGAGGACUUUCCUCCAAUUCAGCGCAAGAAAUAUGCCGACGUCCUACAAAAAUGGAUCCCCAUCCGUUGAGGUUUAGAAUUCAUCGAAGACAAUAUGCAGUCAAGUGAUCUGUUAUACGAUCCAGCUCAAAUAAAUACAGUAGUCUCGUUAUUUUUCUUUCUUUUAAAGAAAAUUGUCUUCAUCUGUAUGGUAAGGUAUUUUGUCCUACUGUAUUUUGUACAUCAACACAUUACAAGUCUAUACAGUACUGUAUAUACAGUACCAGUACUGUCUGAGAAGCUAAUGUAUUCCAUCUACUGUAUCUUGCAGUGACUAGUUGUGAAAUCAGUACCAUAGUCCCAAAUUCAAUCCAGUACGUGUUCUGUACUGUACUGUAUUUUUUUUAAUUUACUAGUUAAUUAUGAAAUACUUUGUACUGCAAUUGUUAUUCUAUUUGUGCUGGAAAAGUAUAGAUGUGUGUAUAUAUAUAUAUGAAUAAAUACAUUUCAGAUU